GCAAUUUGAGUUUUUUUUUUUCUCGGCGAGGGUUGCCGCGCCUUGUACACCAGCGACGGUAAACGGACGAGAAAAGAUUAAUUGAUUGCUAUUUCUUCUCUAUCCGAUUAAAAGAAGGGUAGGGUACUUUUUAUCCUGGAGGAAAGAUGAUUGGUGACGUGUCAGCGAGAGUGGGGAAAAAGAAGCGCGGCCUGGAGGGCCUAUCCUCGCCUCAGGCACCUGCGAAGCACAUCAAGCCGUCGUCGUCGACGGAUGGUGUGCAAGUUGGGGGGGGAGAGGGCCACAGUGGACGAAUAGACGGGCUGUGCAUUAUUUCCACUGCCCCUACUCAUCAAGAGGGGCUGGCCACUCGCGAAGGCACCCUUGACAUCGAAACGGCGGGGGCUCUCCAUAUUCACCCGAAUAGUUCUGGUCCUGGAGGAGCAGCGGGAGUGGCACAACCGGCCGCCGUCUCGGAGGACGGACCGACGCCACGUGGCGGUUACCAAGCUCCUCCCGUCGUCGUCGUGGAAGUAGGAGACGGGUCAUCAAGUGGAGGGGGAGGAUUGGGAGCGGGAGGCGAUGGGGCGUCGACGGGAGGCAUCUCUGGACAGCGUCACAACAGCAGCUUGGCGGGUGGGGGGAACGAAACGCUACAUGAUGGGGGGACCUCUUUUCGAGGUGCCGCCUCCGGCGAUGAUCGCUCGACUUCCUCGGAGUCAAAGAAAGGGGGGGGAGGAGGAGGAGGAGGAGGAGGAGCAGGAGUGUGUGGGGGGGCAGAAGUAUUGGGGUUCAGUUCGUGGGGAAAUGGAAAAAAGGGCGCAGAAGAGGGUAGGCGAGGGGUAGUAGUGCAGGGGGGAGAGGGAGGGGGAGGAGGAGGAGGCGGGGGGGGAGAUAGACCGACCGAUGUUAUUGUGAUCGACGAUGAGAGUGACGACGAGGGUGAGAGGGCAACCGCGAGAAAGGCGGCGGCUGGCUUUGCAAGGGCUAUGGCGCGAGAAGACGACGGCGGCACUCUGAUGAGAGAGGACCCUGCGAAGGCCGACGGCGAGCAGGGCUGCUGUCGAGCAAAAGAGGAAAGAGGGAGAGCGGUAGGGGAGAAGAAGACGGAGGGACGAGUGGGAGGUGGUAGAGAACAGAUAGCAGCAGAAGCUAGAGCGAAUGGAGUGGUGCCUACGGCAAGAGCGCCGAAGGAGAAGAGAGAGAGUUUUCUGAGGGGUGUGUGGGACUUCCACGAAAGGAAUGGCUACGGCGGAUGGCAUGCGCUUCCCCUUGUGGUUGGGGGAAAAGCCGUUGACCUCUACGAUCUGUACCUGUCCGUGAAGCAGUGGGGAGGGUAUGACGGGUUGGAGGGACUGAAUGGAUGGCGCGCGGUGGCCGAUAGCUCGGGUUUCCCGCCGAUGAGCGGUCCAAGCCUGAAGCAGAUAUAUGCCAAAUAUAUAAAGGCGUUCGUGGAGGAGGAGGGGAAGGAGAGCGACGACGAUAGCGCUUGCAUGGAUUGGAAGUGGAAGAGGGAGAGGAAGGGGAACGAAGGGGGCGGGGCGGCUGGCAGCGCUGCUAGGGAAGCUGCGGGGUGUGAUUACCCAGGUGGGGGUGCAAGAGAGGAGAAAGAGAGCGGGCGGAGGGGGUUCGUGGUGCCGCCGGGGGCGGCGGCGGCGGGAGGGGGAGGAGUUGUUGGUGGCGAUGGAUGUUGUCGAAGCGGAACUCGCGCGACGGGGGCGCGAGUGGGGGAGGAGAGAGCGGGAGGGGGGAGUGGAGGAGGAGGGAGAAAAGCGGCGCCAAUAGAAGAGGAAGAGGAGAGAAGGAGACUACAGCUCGGCGAGAACGAGGCGCAUGAAGACCCCCUUCGAGGGCUGGUAUCUUGGAUACGCUACGUGGCACGUGUCGUAUACCACGCGGAUGCGUCGGGGGAGCGCGGAGGCGUGGGGACAGGUCGAGCGACGACGGCGAAGGAGCGAGAGGCGAGAGACAGACAGAUGGUGGAAAUGGCCGUCCGAAUGAGGGCGACGCUGUUUGGCGAAGGCGCACAGAAAGGGGAUGCGAAUGGGGGGGACGGGGGAGGUGGUAGGCGCCGAGAGCGGGUUGGCGCUAGUGAUGGUAGAGAGGGGCAAGCCAUAGAAAUCACCGAGGUUGAUGGGCAGGGGGAAGGAGUACCCCCGGAGCAGCAGCAGCAGCAGCCACAGGUUUCGCUGGGGGAGGGCCAGCAGCGGCAGCGCCAUCAGCUGGAGCACGAAGGCGGGAAGAGAGGUGGUGUCGGUGGGGGAAGGGCGGGAAAGAUCAUUGUGGAAGGAGGGUACGCGGAGCGGAGACCAAGCAGUCAGGAACGGGACCGGGACCGAGAACACGCGGAGAGACAGCAAUUUAGAUCCCAAUCAGCAGCGGCGGCAGCAGCAAGAGUGGCACGUGGAGGAGCGGGGGGGGGCGGAGGAGGAGGAGGAGGGCGAGUACCUCCGACAGGAAGCGCGCCUGUUCUGCCACCCGGCGCGGCUGCGACCACGGCGGUGGUGGCUACGACAGCGACAGCGGGCCCGCCCGUGCAGCGCCGGGUCAACCCGCCCAGCCUGCCGCCGCUGAAGACUGUACCAAUUGGCGCGCUGUACCAAGCGCAGAUCCCCCCGCUGCGGCCGUUGCGCUCUCCCCUCCCGCCGCUCCAGAAUGCUACCGGCGUGGCGGCGGUGACGAGCGCUGAGACGGACAUCGCGACCGGUAGCGGCGGGAACGCGGCUCCGCCUCUAGGGCGGCGGAAUGGUCGGGAAUCGGAUGGCGGGGAGGAGGGAGGGCUGCGCCCAAGGCAGUCCGGCGCAGCCGGUCUUCAUGCGCUGGAGAGCAAAUGGCUUGGCACCAAAGUGUGGCCGCAGAGAGGAUGCCACGUAGGCAAACGACCUCAGCCGCCCUUGGAUGUGUUGGCUGCAAGGAUGAGCACCACCAACGGGGCAUCGGACGAGGGCAGAAGGGGCGAGGGGAUCGUGGGAUGGGGAAGAGGAGGAGGGGGAGAAGGGAUCUCUCGAUCCACUGCGACUGGAGGGUUGAGAUUUCCAUGCCAAUGCCCUAAACCGGGUGCGGCGAAGUGUAGGCGGCUACACGUGCGGGAGGCGACGAAAGCACUUGCCCAAGUGCUCCAGGGUGCUGAAGAGGGAUUUGGACUGAGAGAAAUGGGAGAGGAUAGAGUAGGUGCCACGUGGACGUGGGAUGAGAGAAGCAUGUUCGAUCUGUCUUUGGAUUUGCAUGGGAAGGCGUUUUGGCGCGCAGUGCGGCGGUCGCUCCCCGGCAAAACGCGAGCUCAGAUCGUCAGCUACUACUACAACGUGUGGAAACCUAGGAACAAAGUGGAGAUGGCGGCCGACGAGGAGGAGGAGGAGGAGGAGGAGGAGGAGGAGGAGGAGGAAAGGGAGAAGAGAGUGCGCGUGGCGGCGGCGCAAGGAGGAGGAGGAGGAGCGGCACACGGCUCGUUGAUGGGCUAUACCAUCGAAAGUGAAGACGAUGAUGACGAGUAUGAGAUGGUCGAAGAUAGUGAUGAUGAUGAAAUGGACGAAGACGAGGAGGAAGAGGAGGAGGAGGAGGAAGAAGAAGGAGAUGAUGAUGAUGAUGAUGAAAGGAGGCGUCGUGGAGAACUGAGGAAGUCAGCUAUGGCGGCAAACGGGAAAGAGCAGGAAGAGGAGGAAGAAGACGAAAGGCUGCGAUGGUACAAGGAGCUGGCAGCGGGCAACGAGCGGGACAUGACGGAAGAGGGCGAGGUCGACGAACAUGAAGAGGAAGAGGGGAUGGAAGAUGAAGAUGAUGAGGAGGAGGAGGAAGAAGAAGAAGAGGAGGAAGGAGAUAACAUUCAAGUCCUUCAGGGUAAUGCCGAUGACCUCGAUGGGGUGACCAUUCCCGGAGCAGCAUCAGCGGUAGCUGAGCGGGAAACGGGGGCGGCAUCUGUGCGUCCUCGACGAGCAGGUAUAGUAUUAGGAGGGAGAGGCGGGGGGGGAGGAGUGGAACUCGGGCACGGCCCGUCGAGUGUAGGUUGUUGCCGUGAUGAAGCCAUAGCGAUGGCGGUAGAGCUGGACACCUCAGAAGGCGGGGAAGUGGACAACAACGUCGCUGUACUCCUCCCACCUGGUGGAGCCAGAGUAGGGGGGAGAGGAGGAGGAGGAGGUGCAGCAGCGGGAGCAGGAGAAGGAGAGAUCGACUCUGACUACGAGGGUUUCGUGGAUGGGAUAGCGGUGAUGAGAGAAAAGCGGCGGCGUGUGUCGGGGUCCGAGACCGGCGUUGUCCGUUCUGCUGCACCACCUGCUGGGUGUGUUGCUCGUCCCCUCCUGUCAAGCGGGGAACCAUACCAGCAGCAGCAGGAGCAGCAGCCACAACAUCGAGAAGAAGAUGAAUGCCUAGACGCGUUUGUGGGCGGGCAGCAAGCGUUGCCGACUGCAGAUCGUGCUAUGUCGGCGGCAGAGUCGGACGCGCGCAGAGGUUCUGCGGAGGUUCGCCGGCGGGGAGGAAGCUGCGCCGAUCCUCCGCGUGGGCCCGCUUCUCCGCUCAUGCCGGUCCUCUGCGCGCGCCCGCUUCCCCACGAUGGAAGCGACGAGCAUAUGAGAAGUUUUUGCGUGGUAGAGAGUGACGGUCAUGACGAGGAGGCGGCCAGAGAUUGGGUGGAAGAGAUGGUGGUCGGCGUGAUGAGUCCAUUUGGCGGGCAAGAAGGAGAAGAGGCCGCCGGUGCAAGUGGAGGUGGAGGGGGGGGAUGCGUCCUUUCCUCUCUUAGGUUUCCAGAUAUGGGCAGUCAUCAUAAGUUCGGAGCGGAGAAGGUAGGUCUGCCGAGCGUGGGUGCAAGCGACGGGAUAAGCAGAGGCUUGGGAGAGGAGGAGGAGGAGGGGAGAAAGGAGGAGGAGAGGAUUGGGAGAAAGGCCGGUCCCCCGCAUGGAAACGUAGAAGGCGAGGUGGAGGUGAUCUCGGACGGGAAAGCUAAGGAGCGAAGGAGAGAGAGGGAGAGGACGACGGACGAAGUGACUGCGAGCGUGUUGAGUGCCGAAGGUGUAGUGCCCGAUCUCGAUGCCGCAGCUACUGCGAGAGUCGGGGUUGUGAAGGAGGAGGGUGAGUCUGUCGGGGCUGUUCGGUAAGUGCGGUCAGGGGGGGCAGGAGAUGGACGGGGAGGUGGGGAGGCGGGRGGGGGGGAGGAACAAUGACGUCAACGGCAAAGCUGACGACAGCAGGCUCGUGGCGAAUGACGAUCUUGCGAGCGGGCAAGAUGGCCUGAGGAGAAGGUGUGUGGGAUAUUGUGAGGGGACGGAUGACGCAGGUACCGACGUGUUUCUUUCAGGGUACUAGUAUAUAUAUAUAUACAUAUGUGACGAUAUAUAUAUGCGAAUAUCGGGGCGGUGGUGGCCGCAGGGAAGUAGGCACAGGCGUCAAGGUCGAAGAGAUUCGGAAGAAAGAAAGUCACCCGCAUGCAGCAGUAUAAGGUACAAGGAUAUGCUUACAGAUAA